CCCUCCCUUACACUUACACACGCCGCUUCCGCUGCGCAAGUAGCCACGUCACGGGCAACCCCCGAAAUCCCCCCUCCCUUGGGGGGCGGGGGCCACGUGGGCCGUGGGGAACCGCGUGGCCCCGACGGGGAAGGGCAUAGAGGAUACGGGAGCCACGCGAGAGGGGCCACUCGGGACCGCUGUGCGCGACUUCUCAGAAGUUGGGGGGAUUAAGGGAGAUUUUGGUUUGGGGGGUCGAUUGGUCCUGAAGACCUAGAGAGCCAGGGGAAGUGGAGGAGCUCCGGGAACUAGGCUGUUACUGAGGCGGAGACACGGGUGAUGAUUGGCUUUCUGGGGAGAGAGGAAGUCCUGUGAUUGGCCGGAUCUGAGGAGCUCGCCGACGCCGUGCGAGGACGCUCCCACGGAGGCCGGAAUUGGCUGUGAAGGGCCCUGGGCGGCCGUCUGGGGGCAGUGGGCACUCCUGUCAGAGCGGCUGGAGCGGGACCGUCGCCCCAGAGAGCUGGGGCAGGGGGCCGUGCCCGAUCUCCAGGGCUCCUGGGGCCACUGCUGACCUGGCUGGAUGCAUCGGGCAGUGGACCCUCCAGGGGCCCGCGCUGCACGGGAAGCCUUUGCCCUUGGGGGCUUGAGCUGUGCUGGGGCCUGGAGCUCCUGCCCGCCCCAUCCCCCUCCUCGGAGUGCAUGGCUGCCGGGAGGCAGGUGCUCUGCCAGCAUCGGGCAGCCCCCACUCUCUGCUCCCCUGCCCCCUUCACAUGGCAGUAGCUCUGGACACCCCAACAAAUCAUAUUAUGCUCCAGGGACCCCCGCCCCGAGACCCCUGCACGGGAAGCUGGAGUCCCUGCACGGCUGUGUGCAGGCGCUGCUCCGGGAGCCGGCCCAGCCAGGGCUGUGGGAGCAGCUAGGGCAGCUGUAUGAGUCCGAGCACGACGGCGAGGAGGCCGUCCGCUGCUACCACAGCGCACUGCGCUAUGGAGGGAGCCUGGCGGAGCUGGGGCCCCGCAUCGGGCGGCUACAGCAGGCCCAGUUCUGGAACUUUCACGCUGGCUCCUGCCAGCACCGAGCCAAGGUCCUGCCCCCGCUGGAGCAGGUGUGGAACUUGCUGCACCUUGAGCACAAGCGGAACUACGGGGCCAAGCGGGGUGGUCCCCCCGUGAAGCGAGCAGCCGAGCCCCCAGUGGUGCAGCCUGUGCCUCCCGCAGCGCUCUCGGGCCCCUCCGGGGAUGAGGGCCUCAGCCCCGGGGGCAAGCGCAGGAGAGGCUGUGGCUCUGAGCAGACUGGCCUCCCCCCAGGGCUGCCGCUGCCCCCGCCGCCCCUGCCCCCGCCGCCACCCCCGCCACCCCUGCCUGGCCUCGCCACUAGCCCUCCGUUCCAGCUGAGCAAGCCAGGGCUGUGGAGCACCCUGCAUGGAGAUGUCUGGGGCCCGGAGCGCAAGGGUUCAGCACCCCCGGAGCGCCAGGAGCAGCGGCACUCAUUGCCUCACCCGUAUCCAUACCCGGCUCCGGCCUACGCCGCGCACCCCCCUGGCCACCGGCUGGUCCCGGCCGCACCCCCAGGCCCCCGCCCCCCAGGAGCAGAGAGCCAUGGCUGCCCGCCUGCCACCCGUCCCCCCGGAAGUGACCUUAGAGAGAGCAGAGUUCAGAGGUCGCGGAUGGACUCCAGCGUUUCACCAGCAGCAACCACCGCCUGCGUGCCUUACGCCCCUUCCCGGCCCCCCGGCCUCCCCGGCCCCACCAGCAGCAGCAGUAGCAGCAGCAGCACCACCGGUCUCCGGGCCGCGGAGCCGAGCCCAGGCAUUCCCGGCGCUGACCAUUACCAAACUCCCGCGCUGGACGUCUCCCCUCACCAAGGCCGCCUGGGGCCCUCGGCACACAGCAGUCGGAAACCGUUCCUGGUGGCUCCCGCUGCCACUCCUCACCUGUCCCUGCCGCCCUGCCCUCCCUCGCCACCUCCGCCACCCUGUCCCCGCCUCUUACGCCCCCCGCCCCCCCCUGCCUGGCUGAAGGGCCCGGCUUGCCGGGCGGCCCGAGAGGAUGGGGAGAUCUUAGAGGAGCUCUUUUUUGGGGCAGAGGGACGACCCCGCCCUCCCCCCCCACCACUCCCCCACCGCGAGGGCUUCUUGGGGCCUCCGGCUCCCCGCUUUUCUAUGGGCACUCAGGAUUCACACACCCCUCCGACUCCCCCAGCCACCAGCAGCAGCCCCGUGGGGCCUGUGCCCUUCCCCCCACCUCCCUAUCUCGCCAGAAGUUUGGACCCCCUUCCCCGGCCCCCCAGCCCGAAUCUGAGCCCCCAGGACCCACCUCUUGCACCCUUGACUCUUGCCCUGCCUCCAGCUCCUUCCUCCUCCUCCUGCCACCAAAAUACCUCAGGAAGCUUCAGGCGCCCGGAGAGCCCUCGGCCCAGGGUCUCCUUCCCAAAGACCCCCGAGGUGGGGCCGGGGCCCUCCCCAGGCCCCUUGAAUAAAGCCCCCCAGCCUGUGCCGCCCAGGGUUGGGGAGCUGCCUGCCCGGGGCCCACGGCUCUUCGAUUUUCCUCCUACCCCACUGGAGGACCAGUUUGAGGAGCCAGCCGAGUUCAAGAUCCUCCCUGACGGGCUGGCCAACAUCAUGAAGAUGCUGGACGAAUCCAUUCGCAAGGAGGAAGAGCAGCAACAACAGGAGGCGGGCGUGGGCCCCCCGCCCCCUCUGAAGGAGCCCUUUUCAUCUCUGCAGCCUCCGUUCCCCAGUGACACAGCCCCAGCUGCCACCCCCACCGCCGCCACCACUACCACCACCGCUGCCGCCACUGCCACCGCCACCCAGGAAGAGGAGAAGAAGCCACCACCAGCCCUGCCGCCACCGCCGCCUCUAGCCAAGUUCCCUCCGCCGCCCCAGCCCCAACCCCCGCCACCCCCACUCCCCCCACCGGCCAGCCUGCUCAAGUCCUUGGCCUCUGUGCUGGAGGGACAGAAGUACUGUUACCGGGGGACUGGAGCAGCCGUUGCCACCCGGCCCGGGCCCUUGCCUGCCACUCAGUAUUCCCCAGGUCCCCCAUCAGGUGCUACCGCCCCGCCGCCCGCCUCGGCGGCCCCUAGCGCCCAGGGCUCCCCGCAGCCCUCCGCUCCCUCGGCAUCUCACUUCUCUACCUCAGGUGGGCCCUGGGCCCGGGAGCGCGGGGUGGGCGACGAGCCGGCCCCCGGCCCCAUGACUCCCGCCCCGCCGCCCCCACCCCUGCCUCUGCCCCCUGCUCGGUCUGAGUCUGAGGUGCUAGAAGAGAUCAGCCGGGCCUGUGAGACCCUUGUGGAGCGGGUGGGCCGGAGUGCCGCGGACCCGGCAGGCCCGGUGGACACGGCAGGCCCCGUGGACAGUGGGACUGAGCGACUGCUGCCUCCCGCCCAGGCCCGCGAGGAAAGUGGCGGGACGGCAGCAGCAGGACCAGGCAGCAGCAAGCGGCGGCAGAAGGAGCACCAGAAGGAGCACCAGAAGGAGCAUCGUCGGCACAGGCGGGCCUGUAAGGACAGUGUGGGUCGACGGCCCCGAGAAGGCAGGGCAAAGACCAAGGCCAAGGCCCCCAAAGAGAAGAGCCGCCGGGUGCUGGGCAACCUGGACCUGCAGAGUGAGGAGAUCCAGGGUCGUGAGAAGGCCCGACCUGAUCUCGGCGGGGCCUCCAAGGCCAAGCCACCCACCGCUCCGGCCCCUCCACCAGCCCCUGCGCCCCCUGCCCAGCCCCCGGCUCCCUCGGCUCCCGGUCCUGGGAAGAAGGCCCGGGAGGAAGCACCAGGACCACCAGGUGUCAGCCGGGCUGACAUGUUGAAGCUGCGCUCACUCAGUGAAGGGCCCCCCAAGGAGCUGAAGAUCAGGCUCAUCAAGGUGGAGAGCGGGGACAAGGAGACCUUCAUCGCGUCCGAGGUAGAAGAGCGCAGGCUGCGCAUGGCGGACCUCACCAUCAGCCACUGCGCUGCCGAUGUCGUGCGUGCCAGCAAGAAUGCCAAGGUGAAAGGGAAGUUUCGAGAGUCCUACCUUUCCCCUGCCCAGUCUGUGAAACCCAAGAUCAACACUGAGGAGAAGCUGCCCCGGGAAAAACUCAACCCGCCCACACCCAGCAUCUAUCUGGAGAGCAAACGGGAUGCCUUCUCGCCUGUGCUGCUGCAGUUCUGCACAGACCCUCGAAAUCCCAUCACCGUGAUCCGGGGCCUGGCGGGCUCCCUGCGGCUCAACUUGGGCCUCUUCUCCACGAAGACGCUGGUGGAGGCGAGCGGCGAGCACACGGUGGAGGUGCGCACGCAGGUGCAGCAGCCUUCGGACGAGAACUGGGACCUGACGGGCACGCGGCAGAUCUGGCCCUGCGAGAGCUCCCGCUCGCACACCACCAUCGCCAAGUACGCGCAGUACCAGGCUUCGUCCUUCCAGGAGUCCCUGCAGCAGGAGGAGAAGGAGAGCGAGGAUGAGGAGUCCGAGGAGCCGGACAGCACCACGGGGACCCCUCCCAGCAGCGGGCCGGACCCCAAGAACCAUCACAUCAUUAAGUUCGGCACCAACAUCGACCUGUCUGAUGCCAAGCGGUGGAAGCCGCAGCUGCAGGAGCUGCUGAAGCUGCCCGCCUUCAUGCGGGUCACCUCCACGGGCAACAUGCUGAGCCACGUGGGCCACACCAUCCUGGGCAUGAACACCGUGCAGCUGUACAUGAAGGUUCCCGGCAGCCGAACGCCAGGCCACCAGGAGAACAACAACUUCUGCUCCGUCAACAUCAAUAUCGGGCCCGGCGACUGCGAGUGGUUCGCGGUGCACGAGCACUACUGGGAGACCAUCAGCGCCUUCUGCGACCGGCACGGCGUGGACUACCUGACUGGUUCCUGGUGGCCAAUCCUGGAUGACCUCUACGCUUCCAACAUCCCCGUGUACCGCUUCGUGCAGCGCCCCGGAGACCUGGUGUGGAUUAACGCGGGCACCGUGCACUGGGUGCAGGCCACUGGCUGGUGCAACAACAUCGCCUGGAACGUGGGGCCCCUCACCGCCUAUCAGUACCAGCUGGCCCUGGAACGGUACGAGUGGAACGAGGUGAAGAAUGUCAAAUCCAUUGUGCCCAUGAUUCACGUGUCCUGGAACGUGGCUCGCACGGUCAAAAUCAGCGACCCGGAUCUGUUCAAGAUGAUCAAGUUCUGCCUCCUGCAGUCCAUGAAGCACUGCCAGGUGCAGCGCGAGAGCCUGGUGCGCGCCGGCAAGAAGAUCGCCUACCAGGGCCGGGUCAAGGACGAGCCCGCCUACUACUGCAACGAGUGCGACGUGGAGGUGUUCAACAUCCUGUUCGUGACCAGCGAGAACGGCAGCCGCAACACGUACCUGGUGCACUGCGAGGCGUGCGCGCGGCGGCGCAGCGCGGGCCUGCAGGGCGUCGUGGUGUUGGAGCAGUACCGCACCGAGGAGCUGGCGCAGGCCUACGACGCCUUCACGCUGGUGAGGGCCGGGCGGGCGCGGGCGGCCGGGGGC